AAAGGCCAGACAUCAGGGAUCCGGGACAGAGUCAACUCGCUAACGCCACACCGAGCAGAAGCAGCAGAACUACCAGCUAACAUGGACACCGCCGGCAUUAUUCCCGACAUCAUCGACGUCAAGCCCGCCUCCAAGGCCACCAUCACCUAUCCUUCCGGCGUUCAGGUUGAGCUGGGCAAGGAGCUGACUCCCACUCAGGUGAAGGACCAGCCCACGGUCGUCUUCGAUGCCGAGCCCAACUCCCUGUACACCAUCCUGUUGGUGGACCCCGACGCACCCAGCCGCGAGGACCCCAAGUUCCGUGAGCUGCUCCACUGGCUGGUGAUCAACAUUCCCGGCAACAAGGUGUCCGAGGGCCAGACCAUCGCCGAGUACAUCGGUGCUGGACCCCGCGAGGGAACCGGCCUGCACCGCUACGUCUUCCUGGUGUUCAAGCAGAACGACAAGAUCACCACCGAGAAGUUCGUGUCCAAGACCAGCCGCACUGGCCGCAUCAACGUCAAGGCCCGCGACUACAUCCAGAAGUACAGCUUCGGCGGUCCCGUGGCCGGCAACUUCUUCCAGGCCCAGUACGAUGACUACGUGAAGACCCUCAUUGAGACGGUCCAGUAAUCUGGCCACCAACUGAUCAGCUCUCUGUGAAAUAAUAAAUUUUAAAUAUGUACUAGUUCUCAUAAAA